AUGAGCUACAUGAAGGCCAAGGUCAACCAAUCAGACAUGAAGGAAGCUAUGCAGCAGGAAGCUGUCAACGCCUGUGCUCAGGCAAUGAGCGAUGGAGCGUCUCCUGUGGAAAUCGCAACAGCUGUUCGCAAGCACUUCGAUGAACGCUAUGGAGCCUCAUGGACCUGCAUUGUUGGUCGGGACUUCAGCAGUUCCUUCGCAUAUGAGAAGAAGAAGCACAUUUCUCUGGAGAUGGGAGGGCAACAAUUCCUUCUAUUCAAGAGUGCUUAA